AUUUUCUCAUUUCUUCAAUGUCUUGCUUUUUCGUUUAGCUCCCUCUUUAGUGUCAAUGGCGCUAGAAGCUUACGCAUCACAAAACACUGAUAAAAUCCAUCCAGAUGUUCUCUCACAAGCUCGAAUAUCUUGUUACAAGGCAAGAGAUGCAUUUUAUUCAUGUCUGGAGAAAGAAUCGAGUAAAAAGCCUACAGAAAUUGCUACAGUUGGGCUUUUAUAUCCAGUUGAAUGCAAGAAAACAAGAGAGGAAUAUGUGAGACAAUGUCGACCCACUUGGGUAAAGCAUUUUGAUAGGCAAUACUGUGCUAAGAAGAGAGUUCAGAGACUUUUGGAUGAUAAUGAUUCAAGAAGAGGGGUUUAAAGCUUGGCCACUGAGGAAGAGGCUAGUACAUAACUCAUUAUCAUCGUAAACUUGUUGGUUGAUUCUUGCUUUGAAUGUUGAGAACUUCCAUAUAAGAACAGAAGUAUAAACAUUCUCAGUUCCUAGGGAUCAACCAAUCGAGUGGCCUGCUUCUUUAGGUAUUGGUAGCUCGUGCAACUCGAUUGUAGAAGAUCCUGGGAUUGGAUUUUACCUGCAGAGUGAAAAUAAAUGUAACUUGGAGUCAUUGUUUUACAUUUGGAACAUUAGUUUCACUUUGAUAGUUAUACAGUUUCUUGAGAUGAAGUAAUUUUCUGCUACUCUUAUGUCCAAUAAUGUAGACAAAAUGGUACUUAUUUGGGUUAGUAUCUUUAAUCUUUCGCUUUUCUAUGCACAUAUCUUA